AUGGUGAAUGUUCGCCCACAUGAGCCUUUGAAACUAUAUAUUGCAGCAUAUACAAACCCAAUUGGGUGUAUGCUAGCCCAAGAUGAUGAGAACAGGCAUGAAUGGGCAAUUUAUUACCUUAGUCGCGUUUUGACUGAUAUUGAAGUAAGGUAUUCCCCAAUAGAAAGAUUGUGUUUAUCCCUAUACUAUGCGUGUAUGAAAUUAAAAUGUUACAUAGUAGCUAAAUCAGUGAAAGUUAUGGCGCAAACUGAUCUUGUCAAAUAUAUGUUGAGUUUUCCAACGUUAGGAGGAUGUUUAGGAAAAUGGAUGCUACCUUUAAUAGAAUUCGAUUUACAAUAUGUCCCAACAAAGGCUGUGAAAGGUCAGGUCAUUUCAGAUUUUUUAGUUGAUCAUUCGAAUAAUUCGAAUGACCAAGGGGCAAAUGUACUCGACAUUAAAGUCGAUUAUUGGAAGUUAUAUUUUGAUGGAUCAAAGCACAAGGAUGGUGCAGGGGUAGGAAUUCUCAUUAUCUCGCCAGAAGAGAUUCCAUCAGAAUUCCUGUUUGAGUUAAAAUAUCAUUGCUCGAACAAUAUGGCAGAGUAUCAAGCUUUAAUUUUAGGCCUUGAAAGCUUGAUCGGAAAAGGGGCUUUGGAAGUUCAAAUCCUAGGGGAUUCUCAAUUAGUCCUGAAGCAGUUAUCGAAGGAGUUCAAAUGUAAUAAUGAGAAGUUACGAAAAUAUUUGGCAACGGCUUGGGAGUUGUUAACUUCUUUUCGAAAAAUUUCACUGGUUCAUAUCCCAAGGAUUCAGAACGAGAUCGCCAAUGAGUUAGCCCAAAUUGCUUCGAGAUAUAGAAUUGGCCUAGAAACAUUAAGAAAGUUGGAUAGUAUCUGUCAAAUAUUGGUGCCUGGAUGA